AUGUUGGAACAGCGCGUCCCGAUGCUCUUCGUGUACGGCUCCAACAAACCGAAUGAUACGAAUGGAGUCGCACUGUUUACCCAAUUCACGGCAAUGAUUGACAACUUUCCAAAGCUCUUGGCUCGGAAGAGGGAGAGGUGGAACGGAGAAGCAACUCCAGGAUGGCUACGACCUCGAGUCUCCACAAUGGUACAGAUGAAGGGUGUGCUCAAAAACCCUGUCGAGGAGAACCUCAAGGAAACUCACCGCCUGCUAGCGGAAUAUCUUUCCACUCUGGCUGACUCGCUUUGA